CAUAUACAAUAAUACAUUGAGAACUUAGAUUGUAUCAAAGGCAUACAAGAGCAUAUACAUACUGACAUUGUUUAGAGAGAUAAAGAGAGAGAAUGGAAAAGCUUAUGAGUGUUGUGAUUGUUCUUGGUGUUGUUGCUGCAGUGCUUUUACAAUGCACGACAGCACAAACAGUGCAUGUUGUGGGAGAUAACAUUGGUUGGACCAUUCCACAAGGUGGUGCCCAGGCAUAUCAGACUUGGGCUGCUAGCAAGCAGUUCGUGGUUGGUGAUAUUUUAACGUUCAACUUCACCACCAACGAGCACGAUGUCCUUAAAGUACCAAAAGAAUCCUACGACGCUUGCAGCAAUGCCAACCCUAUUGGCAACACCAUCACAACUGGCCCUGCUAAUGUGACUCUCGAGGCUGCUGGCAGUCACUACUACAUAUGCACCGUCGGCAGGCACUGCCUAGCAGGUCAGAAGCUAGCCAUCACUGUCUCGAGCUCUCCGGGCGCUACUCCACCCUCCACCAACACUCCUACUACUCCUACCACCCCUACUCCCACAUCAACUACCCCUGCUGCUUGCAGCCCAUCUCCUACGCCAUCUCCUGAUAAGGUUGAAGGUCCAUCCACUAUGGCUUCACCACCUCCUCCUAGUUCUUCAUCAAUUAGGGUCUUUGCUAGUUUCUUUGUCUCUUUAAUGUCCAUUGCUAUUGCUUUUCUUUUUUAGGGAAGAAGAGGCAUAGCCGGAUAGGCUUUAUAUACAUUUUGAGUUACGGCUUUCCCUCGUAAUUGUGUUGUUGUUUUGUUUUGUUUUUCUAUUUUUAUUGGAUUUUGUAUCGGAACUAGAUAUUGUCUUAUUCACGUGAUUAAUAAAGGGAUUUUUACAGAUAAAAAC